CAUUGGGUCUCUCGCCGAGGGGCGCCGUAAUAUGGCGAGCCUCGAUGACUGGACGUGUACGGAGGUGCUGUACGCGUGAUCCCCCUUCGCGAGUCAUUGUCACCGCGCGGCGAUGGACCGUCGAGGAACGACCGAGUGUCGCAUGGUAUCGCGGAUCCGUCGUCGCGGCGUCCGUUAAAACCGAGAGAGAGAGAGAGGAACGCUUACAUUUCGAGUAAUCGCGUCCGAUCGCGCCGCGAUCUUAACCUUCGUAUAGCAGCCGAAGUUUGAAAAUUCCACGAAACUUUUUCGUAUUAACGUACUCUACGUGCUCUGAGAGAACCUUGACGGAGAGGAGGGGAAUGCAAAAUAUAGGAAUGUUAGUAUGUUAACGUUACGGAGAAUGUCCUGUCAAUUUCUUCCGAGGGAAUGAGAAGAUCGUUCUUCGGUUGCCUUUGUAAUAUUGUUACGCGAGCUGCUGCCUUUGAUUUGCGGCCGAAGAGAUAAACAAACUCAAGGUGCGGGCAACUGAUCAUGAGUCAGAAUGUAUAGCUUUGAGGGAGACUACAGGCGCAAGCCCCAGCAGAAUCUGUCGGGCGCCAGCAGGCGGGACGAGAGGGCCGUUUUCCUGCAGCACGCGCAGUUAGAGAGGCUGAAGCGGGAGCAGCAGCGCAAGAAGCACGAUGCGGCGUUGAAGAUACAGGCGCGUAUACGCAGCUUCGUCACCAGGAGGCUGGCGUGCGCGCAGAAGCGGAGGGAGUUCGACGAGGCGCAGCAGGCGGCCGGCCGCAGGAACCUGAGCCUGGAGGAGCUGGUGCCGUACCUGCGAAAGCUGCUGUUCUUUUACGAUCACUCCUUGGACGCUAACAGACUGAUAUGGGUCCUUCAGCACUUCCUGAAGCACCAGAGGGAGAUUAAACUGAAGUCGAUAAGCUCGUCGCAAUGGCUGUGGAGGCUGCGGUGGAUCCUUCGCAUGUGCAUGCGAUACAACACGGAGACGCUGCCGGACGGGGCGUACUCCUUGGCGAUACCGUUACGAGUCCUAGAGGUAUUCACGGCGCGUGAGGACACGGAGAAGGUGCUGCGCGAGCACAGCUAUCGGCAUCUGGAGAGUAUAUUCGUCUACCUGAUCCAGCACAAUUACUUCGAGCAGCUGAGGAAGCUGCUGGACGAGAAGGUGCCGCCGAUGGCGGAGGUGACAUCGGUCGCGCCCACGCCGAUCUCCAAGUGCUUGUUGGACAUGAUCAAACGGCCCGUGGACUUGAUUUCUUACGUGCAUCACAAGGAGACCUUCUCCACGCUCGUGUUGCGGGAGCUGUGCAGAAGCGUGUUCUCGCCCAGACUGUCCGAUCCGAUUCGUAUGUUUGUCGUGCCGGCAUUGGCCGAAUUCAAAGACUUUCCGUAUAUCCAAUUAAUCACCUGUAUCAAUCGACUUCAACUGGGUUCUACGAUAAACCUGCUCUACUGUGUACUGUCGUUGGACUCGUCUAAUCAGUUCUCAUGGUGCAAAUCUGAGGACGCGCUGACCAACUACCUGCAAGUGCUCGCGUCUCUGAGCUCGACCAUCGUGCCGUUAAUGGCCGAGCAGAGCGUUUCGGAGCGACAGCAGACCGACAACGAUUCGGACAACGAAUCGAACGGCAGCGUGACCGAUCAGGAGCAGGCCGACAUCCUGCGGCAGUGCGUCGAGAUGUUGAACGAGCAGCAGCGCGUGAACGGCAUUCUGUCGGCGAUCGAGCAGAGCCAGUCGGACCCUCCCGUGCUGCUGCAACCGCUGUGCCGGUUGUGCCAUCAUCUGCUCAUCACCAACAAGCUGGCCGUUCAAAAGUACAAACUGCUCUACAUGCUCGCGUUCAAGCCGGUGUUUCUCAAGCACCUGUGGAGCAGCUUGGCGUCAAUUCGCCAGACGUCGUUGUUCGGCGGCGGUGCCGCCACGUCUCUUCUGCAGAUCAUUUCGCGCGGAAUCGCCCUCUCGGCCGAGGACACCGACAGAAUAGUCCCGCUGCUCGCGGUGUUCUGCUCGUUGUUCAGCCUGCUGAUCGCGACGUUGCACGACACCGAGUUCUUCCUCGAGCAAACCUCCGCGGAGCACAUGUCCAACAAUCGGCAGCAGCACGCGAUGCCCUUCACCAUCGCGGAGCUGGCGGUGCUGUCUGGUCAUCUGAAGGGCGUCUGCCUCGGUCUGGUGGAGCUGGCGUUUCCCGACACUCGGCCCACAGUGCGCGACGACUACAAAAACGCCGUACUGGGCCCAGCGUCCGCUGUUCAGUGCCGACACGAUACACAGAUCUGGACGCACUUGUUCAAGGUUACGGUGGGUCUUCUACGGCAAUUACACACGCGGGAUCUGAGGCGGCAGUUCUGUCCGGAGGGCCACUGGAUCGCGUCCAACGUUGUCAUUCCCAUCGACAAACCGCAGGACUUCGCGUUCCGCAGACGCCGGCUACGCGGUUACGUACCCUUUCAGAAUCUGAGGGCGUUCACGAGGGAGGAGUUCGAGGAGGGGCCACCACUGUCGGCGACGGAAGUGCGGACGUUGACGCUGUUGCGCGAGAUACCGUUCGUCGUGCCGUUCAACAAUCGCGUGGUGGUGUUCCAAUCGUUGAUCUACAAGGACAAAGCGGAGCAGCAGGGCGAGCUCGCGCACUUUAUGCAGGGUCCGUCGAUACAAAUCUCCGUGAGACGAAACUACCUCUACGAGGAUGCCUUCGAGAAGCUGUCGCCGGAAAACGAGCCGGAGCUGCGGUUGAAGAUGCGAGUGCAGCUGGUCAACACCGCGGGACUGGAGGAGGCCGGCGUCGACGGUGGCGGUCUGUUCAGGGAGUUCCUGUCCGAGCUGCUGAAGACCAGUUUCGACCCCAAUCGCGGCUUCUUCAAGCUCACCAAGGACAACAUGCUGUACCCGAAUCCCACGGUGCAGUUGCUGGUUGACGAUUUCCCGAAACACUAUUACUUCAUCGGCAGGAUCCUGGGAAAGGCGCUGUACGAGAAUCUUCUGGUGGAGCUGCCGUUCGCCGAGUUCUUCCUGUCGAAGAUCGUCGGCCGCCAGUCGGACGUGGACGUGCACCACUUGGCGUCCCUCGACCCCAUCAUGUAUCGCAACCUCCUCUACCUGAAGAGUUACAAGGGCGACGUGGCGGAUCUCGGGCUGGACUUCACCGUGCUCAGCGACGAGCUGGGCGAGAGGCGGGUCGACGAAUUGAAGCCGAGCGGCGCCAAUAUCCCCGUGACGAAUCACAAUCGCAUCGAGUACAUUCACCUGAUGGCCGAUUACAAGCUGAACAAGCAGAUACGCGCGCAGUGCUUCGCGUUCAAGCAGGGAAUCGGCAGCGUGGUGCCGCUCGACUGGCUGCAGAUGUUCAACAACAAGGAGCUGCAGGUACUCAUCUCGGGCGCGCAGAUCCCCGUGGACGUGAACGACCUGAUGCUGCACACGAACUAUACCGGCGGAUACGCGCCCGAUCACCCGACCAUCACCGCCUUCUGGAAAGUCGUCAACGAAUUCAACGAUCAGCAGAAGAGCCAGCUGCUGAAGUUCGUCACCAGCUGCAGCCGGCCACCUCUUCUAGGAUUCAAGGAACUCGAUCCACCGUUCUGCAUCCAGCAUGCCGGCACCGUGGACCGUUUACCGACCUCGAGUACCUGUAUGAACUUACUGAAACUUCCCGAGUUUCCGGACGAGAAAAUCCUGCGCGAGAAACUCCUAUACGCGAUACAGGCCGGCGCGGGCUUUGAACUUAGUUAGAGAACUUUUCACUUUUAUUGACCCCCAAAUGUGUAAAUACAAUGUGUGAAACUCUGUGAGUACACCGGAUAAGAUAAGUAAUAAGGAGGAAAAAAAAUAGCAUGGAGACUUUGUUUACGUCAUAUUUUACGUGGAUUAGCAUUAGGACUUCGUACAAGAAUUCUCAUAGGGGAACCGUGGCGAGGAUAUUAAGAUUACAUAAACAGGAGGGGCCAACUAUAUAUAUACACUAAGCAAUAGUACCUACCAACGGAGAUUAUCAUUGGACAUCACUUUGAUGCGUUUGUAAAGAAAAAAAAAACAAAAGACGUUUGUGUGGGUAUACGUGCGUAUAUCGUAUGUCGGAACGUAUACGGAUAUUUUUUCGGUUUCAAUUUUUUCUACCACCUUUGGCCUACAAUUGUAUAAAUUAUGUAUAUUUUUAUUGUUUUAUAUUCGCCAUGUGAUGUGAUUUUGUGCUCAUGGCACCGAAGUCACAACGACUGCUUUACUUCAUAUGUAUGUGAGAGAAUAGAUAUAUGUAUUUAUGAGGU